CCGGGAGGCCGGCGAGGGUACGUGUGCCAUAUAUCACCACCAGCUCCACUUUGAGCAGCCCUGCCCCCGAUUUCCAAGCAGCAGCCUCCCAACUUGAUCAAGAAGAAAACUGCAAAAACCAAGCACAAUGCCGAAGAAGCCACCACCCCAUCUGCCGCUACAGGCAUUCUCAUCCAACCCAGCAUCAUCAGAGCAGCAGGCUAACCAACUACUCACUCGAAGGGUCCCACUGGUCGCCAUCGAUGCUCACGUCUUCUUACCAGAAGAUUCUGAAGCAGGCCAUAGUCGAACGAGCGCCAAGUUAUGGCACGACUCCAUACAACCAUUCUAUCCCGAACAAAUCACCUCAGCCGGCGAUCAUCAACAAGCACACUCUCACCAGACGACCACUCAGUUCAAAGGCUUCAUUCACAUUCACCAACAACCAGCAUGGCUACUAGAACAAACACCAGAUGAUCCUCAGCAGGCUGCCCAACUCUCCUCCAAGAGAUGGGAGACUGAAUCUCAAAAUAUACUUCGGAUCGAUAAAGAACUCGUCGAAAUCCAAAUGGCGCCCCCGUUGGGUCAAGUCAUCUGGGCACCAUUACACCAAGGUCCAUCCGUCCUAGGAUCCUAUCUCGACCAGCUCUCCAACCUUUCGAUCCGAAUCUGUGGAUGUUGUCAUCUGAUCGAGAGGAAAUCAACUACCCGUAACGUCAGUCUGGUCGACCCUGAAUUCAUCGAGAGUCUCAAACUACUAGGAGAAAGAGGCCUCAGUGUCGAGUUGAUGGUCGAUGGUAAUCAUGAACGUUCUGCAAGGGCAAUCUUGGACGAAGUCUUGGAGUGCGUCUCAGCUGUCAGACGCGGCCAAGACUCAAAGAGUGAAACUAAAUUUGUCCUGUGUCAGAUGGGCAUGCCGGAGAUGAUCUCUACGCAAUCGCUAGUACCAAGCUCUGCAUCUUAUUCAUCAAUACUCUCACGAUUAUUCUCUCUAUCAUUAUUUUCUGACUUUCACAUCAAAUUAUCCGGCUUGCCAUUGAUACUCGAAGAGGAACUCAACAAACGAGCCUGUAAACGAUUCUUACAAUCUCACCGACCUAAUCCACGUCGCGACCUAGAACCCUCUACUCCUGUCGCAGUGCAUGAAGACGAGGAUGGAGGGAAGCAAGAGACUGAUAGGGAUGCACUAGCUCAGGGUGAAUCGGCCUGGAGAGAGGUCAAGAAGCGGAUCAAGUUUUACUUAGAACCGAUCCUUGAAGCCUUUGGUGAUCAUCGCCUCAUCUAUGCCAGCGGCUUCCCAUACUAUGAUGUACCUCAAGUAUCCUCUCCAGCGGACAAAGCAACUGGUCGCUAUGAAUAUCAAUUCGAGAUCUUCCGAGAAUGUUUAACCGAGUUUGGGCUAGAAAAUGGUGCCUUGGACAAUGUGUUUGGACUAAAUGCUCAACGGUGCUACAGUGUUUAAAAUUGACCUUGCUCAUAAAUUGCUUUUGUAUCCAAGCAAAUUAAACAGUGUUCAAGUUGUGCUUUACCAUGUCUAUUAGCUGACUGUUUUUGUUACAGUUCUUGUGCAGGCCCAAGAAUGUUCCAUUAUAUAAUGAGUUUGUAUCCAAGUUGUUCUUGUUUUCAAGCUGAGUUCUAUAAUUGUUAUUGUACUAUUUGUUUUGCUCAGAACUAUCAUCCAUGCACCAUAUUAACUAGCACAUUGUAUUAGCUUCAUCAAUUCAGAAAUGACCUUUUUUGCAAACUUGGUUUUUGUUUCAGACAUUGGCAAGUCUAGCUAUUAAACAUAAUCUACUUUAAGCAUCCUCUGUGUUCAAAUUAGCAAGUCAUCCACAGAUUUUACAUUCAAAAUCAGCUCAAUAAAAAUGCUUCAAAC